UUUCUUAUCAAAAUAUUUGCAAUGAUGUUUUAAUUGUAUUCAAUUGUAUCUUUCAAUGAGAUAGUGAUUAAAAAGAUAAUAUCUCCAAAAACAUGGAGGAUGAAAUUGACGAAUGUGUUAGGAAAAAAAUACAGUGGCCUCAGUUGCCAGGAAAUAUUAAAAAGUUGUUUAACGAGUCUCCAAAAGAAUAUGAGAGAUAUAUUUUUGAGUUUAGUAUUAAAAAUCAACUAAGAUACAGAGGUAGUCUAGUGAGAAGUGUAAAAAAAGAUGAACGUAAAUACUACGAAGCAUUGGUGCAAAAUAGCAUACAGAGACUUAUGCUAUAUCCCUAUCACUUAGCUGAUAUGAUUGUUAAGGGAUUAAGAAUAACACCUUUUAUAUAUUACAUUGAAGUGGUUGCCCUACUUAUUGAGAUGGAGAAGAGCUACGACACAAUGCCUAAUUUCACUGCCGCUGAUUGUCUCAGGCUUCUAGGGAUUGGAAGAAAUGAGUACCUAGAAUUGGUGGCUAAAGCAAGGUCACUAGGAAGGCGUGGGAGAUCAAGGGCUAUUCGCUGUUUACUGCCUCGGGUACCUCUUAACAUUCCCAUGCAACCGUGGUGGAGAGUGGAGCUGGGUUAUGUUUUAGAAGAAGAUGUUAAACCUUUAGGUGAGAGCGAGAAGGCAGUUAUUGAUUUGUUAAUAGACAGAGGUUCACAGACUGCCGGCACACUAGACUAUCAUGCUGUAAAGAAGUUAUACAGGCGUGGUUUAAUUUAUUUAGACGUUCCAAUCACAGCGGAAGACAAGGUGACAGUUCCACCACUGAAAGGCUUUGUGAUGAACCGUAUCGCCGGCGACUACUUCGAGACGUUGCUCUACAAGGUCUUCGUAUCUAUUGACGAACAUACCAGCGUCGCCGAGCUGGCCUCAGUAUUGCAGGUGGAUUGCUCGCUGGUGAAGCAGGCGGUGUCGCUGUACGUGCGCCUGGGCUUCGCACAGCACCUGCAGCCGCCCCCCGCCGCGCCGCCGCACGCCUCCUGGCGCGCCGCCGUCACUGCGCACGCGCACCCGCCGUAUAGACAAAUAUCUCCGCUAACCUUUGGCUCUAAUGUGGACGAAGAUUUACAAAUGGAACCUGUACUUAUUAAAGAUAUGCCAUCUACUUCUAAACAGAGAACACAGUCAGAAACAUCCGAAACGUCUAAUAGCGGUGGUAGUCAAAGAGUUGCAGUGCUCUUCGACUCCACACUAGCGGCUUAUCUCAUGAUGGGAAAUUUAUCACCGGAUCUUAAAAGUCAUGCUGUAACGCUGUUUGAAGUUGGAAAAUUGUGCGAUGAAAGCUUGGACAGUUUACUUAUGGAACUGGAUAAGGUAGUAGGAGAUCCAGAAAUAGAAGGUGAGGCAAGGCGAUACUUGGCAGCUGCAGCGUGCUUGCGUAUAGCGCUGCGUACUUUGCGUCCUUGUUUAAAGCCGCUAGACUUACUUCGUUGCGAAGCGCUGCAUGCGCUUGAUGCUCCAUCGAGAGCAAGACUACUGGCAACUAAGUAUAGACUGGCGGUGUCGACGGCGCCGCUGUCGCGCGAGGCGCGCGCCGGCGCGGCCGCGGGCUGCCUGCCGCACGUGGGCCCCGCGCCGCCCGAGGCCGCCUCGCCGUGGAUGCGCCUCUACCUCUACCACCUCGCCGGCUACGGCCCGCCCACGCUGCUGCUCACCAAGGGCACGGUGCUGCGCGGCGUGCCGCGCGCGCUGCUGGGCUUCUCGCGGCUGUCGGUGUGGUGGUGGGGCGCGGAGGCGGAGGGCGCGGCGCUGCCGGCGGCGGCGGCGCUGGCGGCCGCCAACUCGGCGCUGCGGCGCGCGCCCGUGCUGCUGCAGGCGGCCGCCGUGCGCGCGCCGCCCGCCGCCGCGCACCUGGCCUUCCCGCCCGGCGGCCACGACGAGCUACAAGCACUGUGGCACAAGCACGCGGGCUUGCGACGCCUGCUAAGACGACUACGGUUGACGCGCUCGGCGGGAUACGUGACACUGGCCGACAUCGGCGUGCCCGACCUUGGCUGUGCGCACCCGCCCGCCACCGUGCAGCUCGUUACACCAAGAAGAAAGAAAGAUAGUUGUGGAAUAGCAAAACCAGUUAGUGAGGUGUUGAUAUCGUCGAAUGAUUCCUCAAAAGAAUCAACAGAACACACGAAUCCUAUAAGCCACCGACUGCAGUCACCUAUCGAGUCUCACUUCGCAGUGACUCCUACUGGCGAUAGUAAGACGAACUCUCCGGCGAAUGGUUUUACAAGUGCAGAAAGUGGGAAAUUACUCUGUGAAGAGCUUGAUAAUCUAAAUAUUGAUACACAUCAAAGCAAAGAAUCGAUCGCGAGCAGCGACGACUUUGUACCCAUACAUUCCUCGACCAGUAUUGAUGAUUUGAAAGAGAAACAUUCCAUAGACAAUUCCAGAAUUAAUGAUUCCAUUUCGGACAAUACAGUUCCAGUCCACUCGCCCUCUAAAGUAAAAAAUAAUGAAACAAAAACGGAUCAGUUGAACGACUUGUUAAGUCCAGCAGAGGAGACUAUAUCCAUGUUUACACAGUUGUCAGAUAAGUUGACAGAAAUCACUACUGAAGGGGACAGUGGUGUGGACACAGCGCAUAACUAUUCUGACGAUGAAACUUGUAAACCUGAAAAAUGGACAAUUUUGGAUCUCCAAUUUGGCAUUCCACUGUUUGAUGAAGCUCUGUGUGAGAAAGUUUGUCGCAAUAUUGUAGAAAAGAUAGCAAAACCUGAAUUAUUGGAAAAAGUGAAAGAGGACAAUGAGUUUAUAAGAUCAGAUGUGUUGAAGUUUGUUUCACAGUGUCAGUAUUACCCAGGAGAAGAUAUGGGAAUUGUAAAACGUGGCACUUUAGUGCCCUUACCAAGAAAAAACUUGGUAUUUGAAAAUGGAAGGAUAAGUGAAUGGAAUGGGAAGUGAUAUUACCGCCGUUUACACCGAAUAGGAUAUAUUCAUCAUAAUAUAUAAGUUAUAAAGGCUCCUUACAAAGAGCUCCUGCAAUUCAUAGCUAAGGUAUAAUGGUUGAGAAGUAUUCAAAGUGUUAAAAAGCGUCCAAAAACAAAAGUUGCCAUUUGUUUUAAUUUUGUUAUAAAUACUUAGUAUAUUUACUUAUGAGACACAUCAUUUUUUAAAAUUAUUAAGUGUCUGAAUUUAGGGUAAUUAUAUUUGAAUGUGUAACAAUAUGUAAUAAGAUUCAAUUAUUAGAAUAGUGAUGAGAUUAUUGGAGGGUGUACGAAAGUAUAUACAUACUAUACUAACAUGUAUAAACAUGUCUAUAUGACUAACAGUGAAAAAAAUUCUGCUAGUCUUACAUGAAAAUGUUUAUAUGAAAAAAAAAUGAUGCCAUGAGCUAUAAAGAAUAAUAUAUGAAAAAUGUAAUCUGUACCUAAUUAUUGUAAGUAUAUAGUUUCACUUCAUUAUUUAAUACAUGUGAUAAAAGUGUAGGUUAUAACAGAUAUAUAGUUAUUGUUAAAUUACUUAA